CUGUAAAAUCUCUGCGUUCUUUCUUCCGGGUGCACGCUGCCCGUCGCCGUCAAUGUAUCGCAGUUACACCCGUCAUUUCGCCGAAACCCUAAACCGCAACUCACGCACACCGGUCUCCGUUCACUAAAUAACGGAUGAUCGUUAACACAUUCCCCCGCGUGGAGGUUCGGCGCCGGCAUCGACGGUUGUUCAUGCGGAAGACUGAUGGACAGCUCCAGGUUAACGGCAUGAUCCGCAGUUGGGUUCGAGAUCAAUAACUCGCCGCCGCCUGACUCGAGAUCGAUAACGUCAGGGACGGCGGCGGGGGAGCGGGAGGUGUCAGGCGGCGCAGCGGAUCUAGGAGGCGGCGAACAGGGCAUAAUUAGAGGGAGGUGAGUUUGGGGGUCGAUGCCGCGGCGGAGAAGCUUCUUUUUAAUCCAUGUUUUGGAUAGAAUUGAAGCACUUGCCAUGACAAACUAUCUCAUUAACAAACUACCCAGAAGAACACUUGGUUCUCACUGAAAUAGCAAUUCAUUAGAGUACAUUUAUGGGUGUGUGCGGGUGUGCAUGAUCAUUUGGGAAGCAGAUAUAAAUGGGGAAAAUAUAUGGUGGAGAAGAACCAUACUUGUUUCCAAGUAAAGUAUGGAGGUUGAUGAUGAGGUCGUCUUCUUCAUCAGUAAAGUUGCCUCUUUUGAGAUUGGGUCUCAGGAGAAGAAAAUGGGUACCGGCAGCUUUGGGAAGAGUCCUCCAAGAACCUUGGCCAUGGCGUUCGAUAUAGCGAGUAAGGCGGUCGUCUUCUUCCUUGGUCCAUGCCCCUUUGCUUGUAUGCUCUUUCUCACAGCAUGGAGAUCUCCCCAUGUCUUAUCUUAUUAGCUUACACUACACAUUACAGAUUUGCAUAAAAGUAAAGUUCAGACGAUGGAAAUUAAUGUAGAAUUUAUGGUGCUAAGUUUGUUCUAUUGGUUGUAAUUGUGCACAAAAUGGGGAGUAUUUGAAAAUGGCGAGGAUCGGAGGAGAUCUAGAAAGAAAAAAAACUAAGGAAGAGGGA